AUGGGAAAAUCAAGUACUAGUUUUUCUAAGGGAUUUUGGAAAGAAGGGUUUGGAAUAAUAAUGAAGAAACUGCAGAAAAGAAUAAUGAUGAAGCAAGGUCAUUUUGUGGUGAUUGCAACUCAAGGAUGGAAGCCAGAAAGAUUCUGUGUUGAGUUGGAAUAUUUAGAUCAUCCUGAGUUUGUGAAACUGUUAAAGCAAGCUGAAGAAGAGUUUGGAUUCUCUCAAGACGGAGCAAUUGCAAUACCUUGUGAACCUGAUGAGUUGAAGAGAAUCAUUGGAAGGAAAAAACAACACAUAAACAUCAAGGGUAUUGAUAUUACUUGCUAG